AUGCAAAUUCGUAGCUUGAUUAUAGUUCUUGUUACAACGACAGCUUUAUUAACCCACGCUGUCCCACUUUCACCCAAAACAUACAACAAAAGCCUUAAUAGGCGUUCGGGUGUAACCGUAAAAUCGUCACCUAGUAUCCACCAAGAAUUUACUACUACAGAUACUUCGACUGAUUCAUCCAGUGAUGACUUGUCCCAAAGUUCAACAAACACUACUAAUUCAACUAUCGUAUCAUCUCCUGUAAUUCAUCAAGAAACCAUUUCCAUUGAUACAACCACUGGCAUGACAACAACGACAACUUCAGAUACUACGGUUUCGGCCCCAGUAACAGUGAUCACAACUGAUGAAGAUCCAGAGGAUGGACCCAAAGAAGCCGAUAAGAAAAAUACUAAGCGCUCAAGUUCAAGUAUCGAUAUAAACACAGACCCUAUAAUUGAUCAAACCUUGGUUUCUGUUGACACUUUUGUAAAAAGAUCUGCAGAUCAUGACAAGAAAAAUGCCAAUCCUGCUAGUGUGAUCAUAUAUAACUGUCCGGGGCAUAGACAAGCUAUCAUUACAGCCGAUGACUACUCUCCUUCAAUUGAAACCAAAAGGCCCAGAUCGAAUGGUCCCCAUUUGAACCCUGCAUCCCCUCAAGGUUUAGCAUUACCACAAAGUGUGGACUACGAAGCCUCUCCUGAUGCUUUGUCUGAUACCCCUUCAUUUGAAUUGGAAUAA